UUCUUUGAGAACCGCUAGUGAGGUGACUGAUCUAGAACGUAACAGUGGGCUCUCGGUAGAAGCCGGGUCGAGUGUUAUCAUCCUUCGGGAACUCUGGUCCACUUCAGUGUUGUAUUUAAACACCUGUACGCGUUAUCUGCUCCAUUCAUUCCUCACAUGUGGCGGGUAGGUGGUGACUGAGGGGGAGUCAAGUUUAGCAGUGGUGAACUCGAGUGUGUUUUCCUGAUGUGGCAAAUCUAAAUUCAACAUCGAGCAGACAAACGCGGACGGCAUCAUCAAGGCAAACAUCACCUUGUCUUAACCAAACGAGCCUCUGCCUCUAAGCAGCACUCCGGCCUGAUAUUAUUUGAAACGAUUCCAGAAGGUUGUUGGAGAACUCCAAUUUCUUGAUUUUGAAGGUGAUGACAAGCUUGGAUAAGAUAGGUUGCCCUGUAAGACGGUCAACGCCCAAGUUUCUUGCGCUGUGAAUUUGUACGAGGAAUCUUCGUCCUUUGUGGUGAGAGGAAACUCGGACGUCUGCUAGAGGACCAGACCCCUGCCAGCAACGAUAACGGAGACAUUAAAAUAUAAGGAGAGAUAGAUUGCGCCGGGGAUAAAGCUGCAACAAAGUCUAUACGGAUUUGCUGUAUCUGAGUAAAAAAAGGAGACGGUCUUGUUGCCCCAGGAGCAUACGUCAUACUCGAGAGGCCACUUCAACCCAUACAACAGGUCUUGUGUUGUUGUUGUUGUUGUUGUCUUUGUCGUUGUUGUUGACGUGUUGUGUGUAGUCGUCACAGUUUCUCUGUGUACUCGCUGACCUUUCGUCCCUCGUCUGACGUCAUCUGUAGAUUGUUGUUGUCGUCAUUGUCUUCGUCGUAGUUGUUGUUGCUGUUGUUGUUGUUGUUGUUAUUGGGAAGAAGAAGAAGCAUAAGAACGGAACCCCCUCAGGUUCUCGCUCUUGUCUCGGCCCGCGAGUGCAUGUCUCGCCCUACUAGGCUCCCGCCUGCUGAUUAUGUAUUUUUGCCCGUGCUCGUGCAAUGACCCGGUUGACCCCGAAGCGGAGGAGCACGCUAUCGUGUCGCUGCCGCGGAACCUGUCGUACGUGCAAGAGAGCUACCUGGACAGGUACAGCGUAAGCGCCAGGUUCGUGCACAAUCCCAAAAUAGAUCGUAGCAUCCGACGCGAGCAGGAGUUAGAGCGCGCUGCCAGUGCCGAAGAGGAAGAGAGGCGUUUGUUGUUUGGGGUGCCACGAGAUCAUCAUUCCCCCGCCAAGUGUGCUCAACAUUUUGCUCUUCCUUCUGGCACUUCGGUGCCGCGCUGUGAGGGCGUGAACGGAUCGUGCUGUGUUCACCCCACCGCUACACACUAUAACUACCACAACACACACUCCCACCUAGACCACACGGACCCGCUACUUUUCGGUCACUCCUCGGAUAUCCCGUCGUCACCGUUUUAUUUGCCGUCGUCUUCCGCCACGACGCCCUUCUUCCCCCAGCCCCUCCCUCACCCCCACGACCCAUCUUCUUCCCCUUCCGAGACCACCACCCCAACUGCAGACACGGCUCGACAACAGCAGCAGCAGACCUCGUCGCCGCAUUCAUCGUCGUCGUUGUCACCUGGCUCCGUAUUCCCCACAGGCGGACUUCUGUCACCGGCGGCUAAGGUCGCCUCCCGCCUCAGCGCGCUGCUCCACACUCCACCUAACGAGUCUAUGGACCAUCACCGUGACCCUGACCUGGGAAGUAGUGUCGACGGGGACUUAAUACGUCCAGAAUCUCGUAGUUUGGUGUUGAACCCAGACCACCUGUCGCCAGAGAUGGACCGUGGAGGCGGGGACUUGGUGUCCUGCGAUGACGGCGGCGGCUGUCCGCUUCGUCGUGUCAAUUUGGUCUCCCGCGUACCGGACGGGGAGGACGUGGGGUUGCUGAGGGACAUCGAUGACGAGGAGGAGACGGACACCAGCACAGACUCCCAAGCCACAAAUCUCUUUCCGAAACCGUUCGGGAGCAAGGGGAAGACAUUCUUUCCCAGAAGUGACCUAGACCUCAGCUCCUCAGACCUGGACGACACGGAGCAGGUUGAAGAAAAUGAAGAAGAGGUAAGGGAAGAGAACAAAGGAGAUGAAGAAAUUGAAAGCAGAGAAGAGGUAGAGAACAAAGGGAAUGAAGUGAAUACGAACAUUCUGGAGCAAGUUGAACAAGUCAUGGAGAGUGAGUUGGUGCAGACAGUGGAGAAGAAGCCCGUCAAGGGUAACAGUUACGAGUCUCCCGACUCGGACGCCUUCAGUGAAGAAGGUGUGUUCGUUAAUAUGGAUGACCUGGACAGCAAUCCGGACAAAUCCGCCACUGUUAGUGACUUUAGUGAUGAUACUUUCGUCAGCGAGGACUCGGUGUUUCUCAGCCCUGACGAAGGCGAUUUGGAGGAUGAGAGUAGUGGAGGGCCCGCUCGAAAAAUGUCGCUGGAGGAAGCCAUUAGCCGGGCUGCGUCGGACCUCUCUAAGAUCAGCAUGUUUCAAGACAACUCGCCCACCCAGGAGAAUAGGGCUGAGGCUUUGUCACAGGAGGUGGUUGAGGGAGAGAGUCCAAAGCCUAGACUCGCCACAGUAGGCCGCGGUUCGCCACUGAGAGGCACCUCUGGGCUGAAGAUUAAGAUCACCGAUGCUGACUCGGAAGGCGCCGCAGAGCAGAAGCUCGAGUCUUCCUCGUCUAGAACUGCGUUUAGUGAUAGCCCAGUGUACCCUGACAACGAGUUCAACUUCAGUCGCGUAGCACUGAGGAAAUCUUCAUCACUGAAAACUAACAAAACUCCUCCGGGCACUCCGCAUCGAAAGAAAGUAGUGCGUUUUGCCGACGCAAUGGGCCUUGAUUUAGAGUCUGUGCGUCACGUUCUCAACAUGGAGUCUCCCCCGAAGAUUCCCGCGUCUGCCAUGGCAGAUCUACGCGCUGGUAUCAACGAGGACCGGAAAGGGGUGGGUGCCAAGUACUUGUGUCCCUGCUUCUGCCAGCCAGGGGCGUCCGACAACUUUUUCCAGAGAGUUGCCAGUCAGAAAGUCUGUCUAGAGAACGCCAUUAUCACUGACGUGACUAUCACGGGCUUUGUGCGCGUGGCGAACAUCGCCUUCCACAAGUCAGUUCGUGUGCGCUACACGCACAAUGACUGGGCUACCUUCCAUGACAUUGCGGCUAGCUAUGUCCAGAACUCUUGCGAUGGCCCCACUGACCGCUUCUCUUUCAGCAUCGUGGCGCCACCGUUCUUCGUGCCGGGCUGCAGGCUGCAGUUCGCAGUCUCCUUCAACGCAGGAGGCAUGGAGUACUGGGACAACAAUGAAGGGAGGAACUAUAUGUUUGAGUGUUUCGCGAAGACGGUACCUACUGAGAGUGAAACAGCCUGGAUGCAUUUCCUGUAGACGAAUACCAAAGCUUGUCCUCUCAGUGAAUUUCAGCAACAACAAAAAAGUGGAAUAUUUUUUUUCUUUUGCUGUGCUUAUGUAAUUUAAAGUGGUGCCAUCUCAACGAUUUCGUGGAUUGUUUUCAACAAAAGAAUGGCCCGAUUUCUGUACUAAGUUUCUUCUGGUUGCAGAUUAUCAGUAUCGUUUUUGAGGAAGUCUCACCUUUCUGAGAACGACCCGGUCUUAAUGUAUUGUUCUCAUUGUCUGUCAUGGACAAAAGGUUUCGUCUUGCUGUGAAGCUCAUCGCAUUUGGUUAAGUAAAAAUGUGAUCCUACCAGUGUCCCAUCUCCCUUUGGGGCAACUUAUGCUUUCCUUUUUACCCCCGGCCAAGGGAGUGGAGGAUGAUGGAGUUCCUUCUUCUUCACUAUAUAUUGUUAAAGUGGAAGAGGGUGAAUCAAUGGACUGCCCCUAGGGUGGUUUUUGUCUAGAUGACAAUUGUUCCAUUUGAUCGUUAACUUGUUUUGUGUAUUCUGUUGUUAUGUUUGACUCUUCUUAUUCUCAGAUCAGAAGCACAAACCUAUGCUAAGCUUAAUCUCUUUUUUUUUUGGGGGGGGGGGGGGGUUAUUAUUGCUAUUUUAUAGUAGUGCUGUUACAGAUCUUAUUGUUGAUUCCAUUUGUAUAGAUAGUCCUUCCCGUUUUUAUAGCUGUUGGUGUCAAUAAUAGAAGGUUAGAAGGUACUUGUAUGCGUUGUAAUUUUAUUCCCUUGUUUGUAAAUACUUGUGUUCUUUCAUCACUGAUGCAAACAUGGGCUGUUGUUGUAAGGCCCAACUUAUCUAUUUUAUCUUCUUUUUUCCACUAUUCACAUAGUUGACAUGUUGUCCUUCCAUCACGUGAUAUAAGCCACAGAGGCCUAGUAGAGGGGUGAUUACCCACCGCUGAAUGGAUUAGUGUAGCAGAAAUGAGCGUCCUGAAAAGUCAAUUUUUGAGAUUUUAUUUUGCGUUGGCUCAUCAAGCCUGUUGAUCGGGACCACAGGUCCUGGAGUCACUGCUGUUCUCUGUUCUUGGGCGUAUUUGCCUACAUGUUUGUCAAUACUUCUGUCUUGCCAUCCGUCACUUACAUGCACUAAAAAGAGUUACUUCUCAUGUUUUUUAAAUGCUUUUGUAAGGACGUCUGUUUGGUAGUGUUUAUUAGUGUGUUUAUGUGUGUGUGUAUUAAGAGUUGAACACAGUGUAUUGUUCCAGUCUUCUGUGUCAUGUUUUACAUUUUUGUACCUAAAGUCCUUUUUUUCUCUGCCACGUUUACAAAAAGACUCAAAGAUCACGUUUUCCACACUAUUGUCAAGACCGCAUCACUGUCAAUAAGAAAAACAUUUUGCGUACACAUUCACGUUGGCUCGGAUGCUUUCCCUACUGCUCACAAACCACAUGCCAAAGAGAGGAGGAACAGUUUCUUUCACAAACGCACUGGCAGCAUAUACCCUGUCCGCCAUAAACAGGACAUUUAAAAAUCGUCCCUAAAGUUAUUUUUUUAUGUGUCAACAACCCUAUUUUCCCUUUUUGCCCUUCGAACAAUUUCAAGGCGUGUCAAAUAAGACGCAUCGGAGCGUGCACAACGCCUUACUCAUGGAACGUGUCCUUUUUUCUGUCAGUUUGCCAGAAUAAUAAUAUGCAAUUAAAAAAUUUCGCACAGAAAAUGUACCUGCGUCUCUGAGUAACCGAAUGUAGUACGCGCGUUCCGUAUGUAGGUAUCGUGAUAUUGCGGUGUGUGAAUAAAAGGUUGUUCAUUCUGAAAUCUAUUUGAUCAGUAAAAUCUUAUAAAACAUCCUGCAGAGGUUUACGGUUCAUAGAAAACUAGAACACGGAUUCCAUGACAGCGUGUUAUGAAAGGAAACGUUCACCACUUUUGAGUUCAUAAAGUCGUCUCUUAGUUGAGAAACAAGUAACGACUAAACAGACCUGCUGUUUUGUCUUUAAUAACCGUUCUUUAUUUAAGCUUGGAGAUUAGAGCCACAGUGACAAUUUUGAUUACCUGAACUACAGUGAAGGUUCUGGGUGUUAACAGUUAACACUAACACCAUAGACUUGUUCAAAAUCCCACAUGAUCACAUUGUUUCCUGGUAUGACAUGUAUUAAAACAGCGGUGCUGGUCGUGAUAUGUACCCAUCUUUUAACUACUGGCUUUGUCCACUGGUGCUACGCGGAGCAGAAAAUGUCCAUUAGCGAGCGGUUAAUGUUGUUUCAUUAUUGAUGUACAUAUUCAACAUCACAGCUGGGCGUGUCGUGUGACACUCGCACAUUAAUUUACUCAACUGAUUAGAUUUUGGCGUUGACUUUUCCAGUAUUGUCAAAAUACACCCAUUUGAGUAGAAAAAAAGGAAGGAGCAAGGGAAUGAAUGAAACACAAAAGG